AGGAGUUCAGCCCGUCCAAGUCUCUUAUAGUGCAGAGCUUUUACCUCAAAGAGUCCCAGGACCCGCUCAUCACCCGGGGGCCACCCAUGGGUCCAAACUCAUGUCUCACCAAGGAAACUCUGCCUAAGCUGGACUUGGACAAUGAAUGAAGAAGGUGUGACACAGUUGGUCAGCAGACUGCGCUUCACCUGGUAUGAUCUCAACCCCCGCACAGGACAACAAGACAACAAACCUAGCUGAUGACCCUGUCGUGUCCUGACUCCCUGUGGAGGUUAAAUCUCUGACGGAGUGACUCUGUGAAACAGUCAGAGGAGAGUCUUUUCCUCUCCCCCCAACUCUCGACAACAGAGUCUCAGCCACAACUGAGCCAGCAAAACAGGAAGUGCUGCUUUUCACGGGGGUAUCACUUCCUGCAGGACAAGAUGCAGCUUUUCUGUUGAUUCAGUAACGUAUGAUGUGCUGCUAGAGUAAGUUUCCUGGGGUGCUUCCUACUUUUGUUUUCUUUCUUUUUGUUCAGUUUAAUUGAAUUUGUGUCUUGAACCACAGUUGCCAUGGCUUCAGAGCAAGCGCAGCUUCAGAGAAAUUUACAAAAUCGCCGCUCUACUAUCAACUAUCUAUCCAUGGGUGUAGAGGACAACAAAACAUUCCCAUUUUCUCAGGAGAAAACAGUCAAAGCUUGGAGCUCUCUGGAGAAUCUUGACAGUCCUGGCAUCAAAGCAGAGUGCCCUAAAGCUGAGGAGAGACCUAAACGGCAGCAGAGCAUCAAUGUUAAUGUUGGAGGGAAAGUGUUUCAUAUCCCUACACAGUGUGCCAUUAAAUAUCCUAACACCCGGAUAGGCUCCUUAGCUCUCUGCAGGGACAGAGCAAAACUCCUCACACUAUGCGAUGACUACUCAGUGCGCAAGAAUGAGUUCUUCUUUGACCAUGACCCUGCCUUCUUCCACCACAUCUACCAUUUCUACACAAGUGGAGUGUUGUGGAUCAUACGGGAAAUGUGCCCCAUCAACUUUGAGGAGGAAAUUGCAUACUGGGGUCUGAGCAUGAAGGACACUCAGCGCUGCUGCUGUAUAAUGUUCGAAGAGAAGGUGGAUGAGGUGAAGGACGACCUGAAGGUGGAGAAGGAGCUCAUGGCUGAGAUUGAGGUGAAUUACAACGAUGACUGUUUCAAGGACAUGAUAUUUGGGGAUUUGAGGAAGAGUCUGUGGAACGUUGUGGAGGAUCCAUACUCUUCACCUCUGGCAAAGGCUUUCACUGUGCUCUCCAACCUUUCUUUGCUCUUCUCCAUCAUGGCGAUGACCCUCAGCACUGUGGAGGAACUUCAAAUAUAUAGAAUUAAUGGCAAAACGCACAUGGAAUGGGUGGAGAUCAUCACCAUUGUGUUCUUUACCUUUGAAUAUUUAAUUCGCCUUGUCACCACUCCUAACAUCAUAAUGUUUUUCAAGAGUGGACUCAACUUUGUGGACAUGGUGGCGGUCAUGCCUUAUCUCCUUCAGAUCAUCUUCGCAGCCUUCACUGACACCGGGGACGUGAACGGAAAGGAAGACCUCAGGGUCAUAUCUCAGGCCAGCAACAUAAGUCAUGUCCUCAAAGUGGUCAAGCUAAUGAGGGUCUUUCGGAUUUUGAAGCUGGCUCGACACUCAACCGGCAUGAGAGCAUUUGGGUUCACUCUGCGGCAGUGUUACCAGCAGGCCUCUUGCAUUUUCCUUUUUAUUGCCAUGGGAAUCUUCACUUUCUCUGAACUCAUGCAUUCAGCCGAGAGGGAAACUGAGGGAUCUUCCAUCAGCAGUAUCCCAGAUGCCUGGUGGUGGGCUGCAGUCAGCAUCUCUACUGUGGGCUAUGGGGAUGUGGUUCCUGUAACUAUCCUGGGACGCAUUGUGGCCUUUUGCUGCAUCUCAUUUGGUAUCAUCCUGAAUGGCAUGCCAAUCUCCUUCCUUUUUAAUAAGUUCUCUGAUUACUAUGCCAAGCUGAAGGCCCAGGAGUACAACACUAGCUCAGUGAAGCGACGCGUUCAUCUUAAGAAGCGCCUCCUACGCAGAAUGGACAUGUGUUACCAUCCCUCAGAGGAAGACAACAGUACAGUCAGCCACUGUGAGUGCCCACACUGAGUGACUUUUAAAAUGCCAUGAUAAAUCACAGGGGUAUCUUCACAAGUGGCCUGGCGAUUCCGUUAUCUGUACCUGAACAGAUAACUGAAUGAGACAAUGCAGACAGGAAGAGAAGUAGGAAGAGGAAGUUGAAGUUUGCAUGCAUGUAAGGUCUGAAUGUGAAUGUGAAACAGACACUCAACCUGUGUAGAUACAUACAGAUUCACUAAGGAGCAGCAUUUAAUAAUCAUUAGCAAAGAAACAUUCAGCUAGCACAUCUUAUAAAGCUUGCAACGUUAUGGAUUGUAAAAGCAGCAGCAGCAUUUUAACGGGUUGCGACUGUUGCUGGUGGGCGUUGCACUGUGAACUGCUCUUAAUGCUCUCCUGCAACACUUUUGUUAAUUUGUGAAGACAGUUGAUAACCACAUUGCAAUAUCAGUUAUUGCAACACUACAGAUAACAGCAGACACAAGGUUUCCUUCAAAUCUAAAUGUAAACAGUUGGGAAUUGUCUGACAGUGAAAAUAAUUUCAGGUUACAAGAAGAUAACUUAAGACAAGGAACACCACUUUUCACUGUUUAGUUUUCCUUUUGGAUGGAAUUGUUUUUUCUUUUAUUAUUUUAUCGGGGUUUGUUGCCCUCACCUGUCUUUU